CACUGGCGCAUGCGCACUACGUUCCGCGGCCCUGAAGGCGUUGCUGCUCGCUUCUGCUGUCCGUUCGAAAGAUGCGUCGCUCCCCGGCAGCAUCAGUACCAGCUCCGCCGUACUAAUUCCCGAAAAACGGGGGGGACGAGACGAGUGACUGCCGGUGCCGUUUGCGGGAGGUCGUCGGAGUACGGGCCGGUGAGAUGGGAGACCAGAAGGAGUCUCUUCGUAAGAUCACCCACACCCUGGCCACCAAGAAUGAGGAGAUUUCCAAUUUCAUCUGCAGCCUCAAACAGAGCCUGGACAACCUGGAGGCCAACUCCACCAGAGUCCAGGAGGACCUGGAGUCCGAGUUCAACACCCUCCACUCAGUUCUGGAUGGGAUGAAGGAGAACAUGUUGACACGCAUUAAGCAGGAGCGAGCCAGCCGCACCUACGAACUACAGAGUCAGCUAAGCGCGUGUUCCAAAGCACUGGAAAGUUCGGAGGAGCUGCUGGAGCUGGCCAAUCAGACGCUUUGUUCCUCCCAGACCGAUGGUUUCACACAGGCAGCCAAAGACAUAAAGGAUAGUGUGACGAUGGCUCCGGCCUUCCGCCUUUCCUUGAAGGCCAAGGCCAGCGACAACAUGAGCCACUUGAUGGUGGACUUCAGCCAGGAGAAGGACUUGCUGCAGGGCCUAAAGUUUCUCCCAGUUCCGGCCACACCAGAGAUCCACGUGUCCGAGUGCCAGGUGUGUGACAACACGGUGACUGUCGUUUGGACAUUAGCAGAGCCUGACAGCAAAAUAGACCACUACAUCCUGGAACACAGGCGUACAAACCAUGAGGGGCCGCCACGCAUUCGAGAGGACUACCCCUGGAUGGUGUUGGAGGGGAUAAAGGAGAUGGAAUACACGCUGACAGGUCUGCGCUUUGACACUCGCUUCAUGACGUUCAGGGUGAAGGCAUGUAACAAGGCCGUGGCGGGGGAUUUCUCUGAGCCUGUUACUCUGGAAACCCACGCAUUCACUUUCAAAUUAGACUCCUCGUCGGCCCACCAGAACCUGAAAGUAGAGGACCUGAGUGUGGAGUGGGACGGCAGCGGAGGAAAGGUUCAGGACAUUCGCAAAGAAAAGGCCCGAACCGGCUCACCCAUGCAGUCACCAGCCAGGUCAGCGUUGAUGUCACCGAAGAGAGUACCAACAGCCCGGCCCAGCAGAGACCGCUUCACAGCAGAGUCCUACACGGUGCUCGCUGACACCGCCAUCGAUGCAGGCCAGCAGUACUGGGAGGUUCGCUUCGACAAGGAGAGCAAGGCCUUCGCGGUGGGCGUUGCUUUGCGCAGCCUUGGACGCUUUGACCAGCUGGGAAAGAGCGCUGCUUCCUGGUGCAUUCACCUGAACAACUGGCUACAGCAGAGUCUCACUGCCAAGCACAACAACAAGGCCCGAACGCUUGACUGCGCCAUCCCAAGCAGAAUAGGAGUCUUCUGUAACUAUGACGAAGGCGUGCUCUCUUUCUUCAACGCCAAAACAAAGCAGUUGAUGCACACCUUUAGGACCAAGUUCCAGCAUCCAGUCAUCCCGGCGUUCAUGGUGUGGAACGGCAGCUUCUCGGUUGUGACAGGCCUGCAGGUCCCCAGCAUGGUCCAAAGCGGCCAGAGGAGGAACAGCGGCACCAGCAGCUCCAACGCCAGCCUCACUUAGAGACCCAGCACUUCCCAGCGUUCGGCCCUGCACAGCCAGCUCGGCAGCCUCACCUUGCGGUCGACAGCGCAACAGUUAGUGGCUCAUGAGAUACUGUGCGCUCCUCACACGCAAGGGGGUUGGUUUCUUCAGUCUUCUUGCAUGUCAAGCUCAGUCCUACGAAUUAGCGCUGGCCGCUUCUCUUCUUGAACCCCUUCACCCUUCCUUUACUGCGGUCAUAUCUGCUCUCUCCCUGUGCCUUUCUUCUCAUUUCCACAUCACUGCUGCGAGAGAGACACCUCCCCAUUUCACUUAAAUGUUAGUGUCUAAUGUGUCUUCACGUAGCUUAUUGAUCAUUAUGCGCCUCUAUGGCUAUUUACCCAAAUGAAAAACUCUGUUCACUACCCAAUUCAAUGUUGCUUGUUUAUUGGCAUCCAUAGGGCCUUCCUGUUGCUGCAUUACAGGUUGCCAAUCAACUUUAAUCAAAGACUACUUAUUUUGAAUGGUGCAUGACACGAAUGGCUGAAGUCAAAGAGUAGAUGUGCUCUUUUCAGAGCUCUGCUGCUUCCACUUUUCUCUACAAGGAUCUGUUCAUCCUGGUGUUGAACGUCUGAGCCGAGAUGUGCUGGGUGGCUAACUAACUAACCUUGCUACUAAUCAGUAAACAACUUCUGAUUUCUAGUCGAAUCCAGACUUGUUCAAGUUCAUAUUUUCGAGCCGAAUUUCACAUUGAGGAGGUGAUGACUUAAUAUAAAUAAAUGAUAAAUGGGUUGUACUUGUAUAGCGCUUUUCUACCUUCAAGGUACUCAAAGCGCUUUGACACUACUUCCACAUUUACCCAUUCACACACACAUUCACACACUGAUGGAGGGAGCUGCCAUGCAAGGCGCUAACCAGCAUCCAUCAGGAGCAAGGGUGAAGUGUCUUGCUCAGGACACAACGGACAUGACGAGGUUGGUACUAGGUGGGGAUUGAACCAGGGACCCUUGGGUUGCGCACGGCCUCUCUCCCACUGCGCCACGCCGUCCCAAUAUACAGUGGAACCUCAAAACUCGAGCGCCCCCAAAGUCUAAAAAAAAUAAUAAUCAAAAGUCAAAUGUGACUCGAGGUCGAAAAUAAUAUAAUUCAGUUUAGGGAUUAACUCUGUGACUGUGAGUUGCUCAACCAGUGUUGAGGAAAAGUGUGAUGAUAACCAUAGAACAGGAAAUGUAACUUACUAUGACAUCUAAUCAAUACCAUAUGGAACAGCAGUAUGGGCAAUACUAAUAAGUAGACAGUUAAAUAUGCAAAUUACCUUUAUUUUACAUUGAAUAUAUAUUAUUAUUAUAUGUUACAGAACUAGUAUUAAUACCACAACCAAACGACUGUUUUCUCUCCAUUACAUGUCACUCAGGAUGACUAGUUUAAAUGUAUUGUAGAUGUUUUUAGUUUCAUAAUGCUAGUGUUUUUUUUUUUUUUAUAAAAGGUUAAAAAGCAUUUUAAAAUCUUAUUUUAAAAGUUAAUGUGUUUUAUGAGAGCGGCAUUUUGAGCCUGUAACAAUUUAAUGCGCUUUUCAUAAUUUCAUAAGGGAAAAACUUGGAAGUCAAACAGCAUGUUUGAAUUUAGUGGUUCCACUGUACAAUUGUGAAUAUUCCAUGCAUGUUCACUCAAUCACCUCCCCUCCCCAUUGUUGCUUUGUCUUAAAACAACCACAGCUUCAUCUUUGUAGCCUCUUUUUUUUCUACGUAAUUGUUAAAUUUACUUCACAAUAGUGUCAGUCAUUGUCAUCGAAAAAUAACCUCUGUCUUCCAAGCCCCUGCUAACAAGACGCUUAGUGAUCUGAUGAUCUGCCACCCGGCUGACAAACGAAUUGAUGAAGUGUUGACAAGUGUACAUGUUUACUUCCUCGUGACUACAACACUUUGUUUGCACCUGAAAAAUAUGUGUAGGCGCUCUUAAAAAAAGAAGGGAAUCUUUUUGGUUCGUUUACAUGCUAAUGAAAUGUCACAACCUAGUGUGAAUAGUCAUUUUGUUUUCCAAUAUAACCUCAUCAAUCAGUGACCUAAUAAAGGAGUGAGAGCACUUAGACUCAAGUGUCUGUUUGAGAAGCAAUGCGGCUUAGCUAGUACAAUAGGAAAAACUAUAAACUGAUAAGUAUCGUAUUUUCCGGACCAUAGGGCACACCGCAUUAUAAGGCGCACUGCAAAUGAAUGGUCUAUUGUUGAUCUUUUUGCAUAUAUAAGGCGCACCGGAUUAUAGGGCGCAAUAAAGGAGGCAUAUUAUUAUUACUUUUUUCUAAAUGUAAAACACUUCCUUGUGGUCUCCAUAACAUGUAA